AUGGGGGCCGCGGAAGAAGAGAUCGAGACGUUGGGAGAACGCGUCACCGAGCUAACCACCAACAUCAACAACUUGCUGGGAACCAUGCAAGGGCUUGAGAAGUGGAUUCCAAGUGUUGAUGCGGGAAUCAAGGAUCUGCGGAGCACGGUGGAAGGAAUUGCCGCUCGCGUGACGGAUCUCGAAGCAAGGCCUCAGGCGACAUCAGCAAUGGCGACGCCAAUGCCCGAUGGGCACCGCGGAGAAGAAUAUCACCAGGGUUUUGACUCUGGAGCCAACUCGGUUCAGGAUCGAACCCUGGUCAAGGGUAAGCCGAUUUUUCACAACUCGCCAGUUAAUUUUGAUUUGUGGGAGAAUUCUAAGAGUGGGGCUUUGGGAUUCCAGAGUGGUGGACGAGCCGGAAAUUCUAGGUUGCCUAAGUCUGAUUUCCCCAAAUUUGAUGGUGAUAAUCCUAAAUUGUGGAAAACCAAUAGCGAGAAAUACUUUAGUAUGUACCAGACUUAUGAGGAAAGGCAUAGUGUUGAAAGCUGGUCUGAAUUGUGUGUAGCAGUGCAUAGUAAGUUUGGGAGGGAUAGGUACCAGCAACACCUUGAGGAACUAGAUGGUCUUAGCCAAAUGAGUAGUGUAGAAGAGUAUUACAGCAAGUUUGAAGAGCUUAUGCAUAAGGUGCUAGUGUAUAACAAGGGGUAUGAUGAGACUUUCUUUGUUACAAAAUUUGUGGGAGGACUUAAAACAGAAAUUAAGGCAACAAUCAAGCUGCAGAAGCCUCGUUCUGUUGAUGCUGCGUUGUUUCUUGCAAAAACACAGGAGGAGCUUUUGGGGGAAAUGAACAAGAAGGCACCAGUGAAGCAGACAUUUAAAGAGAGCUACAGGACUUUCAACAAGACUCCAUAUCAGGGGAAAGGCAUUUUGGGUGCAACUCCUGAAGAGGAGCUUUUGGAGGUAUUACAGCUUCAAGAAAGUGAUGAGAUGGAGAAGGAAGAGGGAAAUGAAAGUAGUGAGGAAAAGGAACUUGUGUUGUCUGAAUGUGCACUGUCAGGGGUGAUUGGUAAGAAAACCAUACGACUUCAAGGGCUGAUUCAGAACCAAGAGUUGUUGAUAUUAGUGGAUUCAGGAAGUUCCAGCAGUUUCAUAGCUGAACAUGUGGUUGAUAAGCUUCAGCUGUCAACUCAAGAUAUUGUAUCCACAAAGGUAACCAUAGCAGAUGGGGGGCAGUUAUCUUGCACAAAGGUGGUUCCAAAUGUUGAGUGGUGGUGCCAGGGGCAAAGCUUUGCUAGUGAACUGAAGGUGUUGGGACUUGGCAGUUAUGACAUGAUACUUGGGAUGGACUGGUUGGAAAAAUUCAGUCCAAUGUGGAUUGAUUGGAAGAGAAAAAGGAUGAGAUUCCAACAUCAGGGAAACAAUGUCACUUUGACAAGGGUGAAGGAUCAGACAGAUCAUUGUAGGCUAAUCUUAGGGAGACAGUUAGCAGUAAUGGCAAAUAGGGGGGCCAUAUCUCAAAUGAUUCAUCUCUGUACAAUCAGGGAGGAGCCUGAGCAGCAAGAGAAGAUGCCCUCUGAUGUUCAACAGUUAUUGCAGGAGUUUCAGCAGCAAUACCUGGAGUACUUAGGGCACAUUAUUGGGAUCGAAGGAGUGGCAACUGAUCCAGCCAAAAUUCUGGCAGUCCAGCAAUGGUCACCACCAAAGACUCAAAGGCAACUUCGAGGAUUUUUGGGACUUGCUGGGUACUACAGAAAGUUCAUACAACACUAUGACAUAUUGGCAAAACCCCUCACUGAAUUGUUGAAGAAAGAUGUGCCAUACAAGUGGACUAAUGUUGAACAACAGGCUUUUGACAUGAUCAAACAUAAAUUGGUUCAAGCUCCAGUUUUGGCAUUACCAGACUUUUCUAAAGAAUUUGUGGUUGAGACAGAUGCUAGUGGUACAGGCAUUGGGGCAGUCCUGAUGCAAGAUGGACACCCACUGGCUUUCAUUAGUAAGGCUCUCAGUCCCAGAUCUCAAGCUAUGUCAACUUAUGAAAAGGAAUGUAUAGCUGUUCUGCUGGCAGUGGAUAAAUGGAGGCAGUAUUUGCAACAUGCGCCCUUUGUCAUUCACACUGAUCACAAGAGUUUGAUCCAUCUGAAUGAGCAACGGCUGACAACAAGUAUUCAAAACAAGGCUUUUAUCAAAUUGAUGGGUUUACAAUAUAAGAUCAGAUACAAGAAAGGAGAAGACAAUAGGGUUGCUGAUGCCUUGUCUAGGAAAGAUGAGCAGCAAGAAAUCUAUGCAAUUUCAACAAGCCAGCCCAAAUGGUUGGAGAUGGUUGUGGAAAGUUAUCACAAGGAUCCAGCCACUAUGCAGCUGAUGCAGAAACUAGCUCUUCAGCCUGAGGGUAUGGAUGAUUUUGCUUUGGUAGAUGGGGCUUGGUACACAGUCAGCAUGGACUUUGUGGAGGGCUUGCCCAAAUCUGGAGGAUAUGACACUAUACUGGUUGUGGUAGAUAAAUUCACAAAGUUUGCCAAGUUCAUCCCUUUGACCUACCCAUUUACAGCUCUUACUGUGGCAAAAGCUUUCAUUCACCACAUUUACGAUGUGUUUGGAAUGCCUCAAGUUAUAAUUUCAGAUAGAGACAGAGUGUUCACCAGCGCACUUUGGCAGGAGCUAUUUCGAUUGGCUGAUGUGAAGCUGAACAUGAGUUCAUCCUAUCACCCCCAAACAGAUGGGCAAACAGAGAGACUUAACCAGUGUUUGGAGGCAUAUCUGAGUGCUUUGGGCAAGUCUCCAUAUGAAGUGUUGCUUGCCAAGCAACCUAAUCAUUUUGGUCUAGUGGAUCUUGGAGAAAGCAUAGUACCUGAUGUCCAACCCUAUGUUCAGAUGUCAGUAGUUCGACGCUCUUGUCAAAAACUCUGUUUUCGAUAUUUUGGACCAUACAAGGUGCUGGCUCGAGUUGGUGCAGUGGCAUAUAGAUUGGAGUUACCCACAGGCAGUGCAGUUCAUCCUGUUGUGCAUGUGUCAUUGCUGAAGAAGGCUCUGAAACCCAACAUACCUGUAAGUAAUGAUUUACCCUUAAAUUGCUUUGAUAACCCUGCAGAUGUCCAACCUGAAGCAGUUCUACGGAGACAACUGAUUAAACGUGGCAAGUCAGUUGUUCCAUAUGGGUUGGUGCAAUGGACGGGGCUACCUGCUUCUCUGGCGACUUGGGAAAAUCUUCGUCAACUCCAAGCACGUUUUCCGUCAUCACCAGCUUGGGGACAAGCUGAUACUUGA